AUGCACCUCAUCCUAACUGGCGCAACCGGGCUUGUCGGCUCCGGUAUCCUCCAAACAAUGCUCACCAACCCCUCCAUAACCAAACUAUCCAUACUAUCACGAAACCCCGUUUCUCUCGCCGAAACCCACCCCAAUCAUGAAAAAGCCACUGUUAUUCUCCAUUCCGAUUUUAAAAAAUAUCCUGAGAAUGUGUUGGAACAAUUGAAAGGUGCGGAUGGUUGUGUAUGGGCUUUAGGGACGAGUAGCUCGGGGGUUGAUAGGGAAAAAUACACCGAAAUAACACAAACCUAUACCCUCUCCGCCGCUCGAGCUUUCUCACCACUCAAUUCCCCGAAACCAUUUAAAUUCCUCUAUAUAUCCGGCGAAGGCGCAACUACAUCCCCGGGCAUUCUAACCCCCAUGUUUGGGGUUGUAAAAGGACAGACGGAGGCUGAUCUCUUGGCUCUUCCUGCAAAAGAAAAAGAUUGCGAGAAUCUUAAAGUGUAUAAUGUGAGACCGGGCGCUGUAGAUGCUUCUGCACAUGAAGAAAUUAAAGAAUUUAUACCGCAGAGAAAAGGAAUGUUGAGAUUGAUGGAAUUGGGUUUGUUUCCUGUGGUGAGAAUGUGUAGUAGGAAUAUGUAUACGCCGACGAAGGAGUUUGGAAAGGUGGUGACGGAGUUGAUGUUGGGUGAUGGGGAGAAGUUGGAAGGGAGUGGAGUUGUGGAGGGAAGUGGUGGGAGGACUUUGAGUAAUAUUGGGUUGAGAAGGUUGGGUGGAUGGUAG